AUGGAGGACGACGGGCGCUACAGAGAUAGCCGCUCAGACUUCCUCCGCGGCGCCAAGGACAUCGCCAAGGUGGCCAAGAAGCAGGUCGGCAAGAAGGUGGGCCGCGGCGUGGACAAAAUGGGCGACGAGUACACCAAGCGCUCCUACAAGCGCUUCGAGGAGGAAGACGAUGACGACUACGCCGGCGUGGCGGGCAACGACGACGGACACUACCGCAACGACAGCCGGGCCAACGACGAGGAAGGCCACAGCGACUCCACCGAGGGACACGACGAGGACGACGAGAUCUACGAGGGCGAGUACCAGGGCAUCCCGAGGGCGGAGUCGGGCAAGGGCGGCGGCUUGGACGGGCCGACGGUCGCCCAGGAGCAGCAGUUCAGGGACCGCUCGGCGUACGAGAGCGAGCGGAGGAAAGACCAGGAGGAGCUGGCCGAGCAGUACGAGACCAUCCUGCAGGAGUGCGGCCACGGGAGGUUCCAGUGGACGCUCUACUUCGUCCUGGGGCUGGCGCUGAUGGCCGACGGCGUGGAGAUCUUCGUGGUCGGCUUCGUGCUGCCCAGCGCUCAGGUGGACAUGUGUCUAUCUGAGCCCAACAAGGGCAUGCUGGGUCUGAUUGUUUACCUGGGGAUGAUGGUCGGGGCCUUCGUGUGGGGGGGCCUCGCCGACCGGAUCGGCCGCCGGCAGACGCUCCUCAUCUCCCUCUCCAUCAACAGCGUGUUUGCCUUCUUCUCGUCCUUCGUCCAGGGCUACACCUCCUUCCUCUUCUGCCGCCUGCUCUCCGGUGUGGGCAUCGGAGGCUCCAUCCCCAUCGUGUUUUCCUACUACUCCGAGUUCCUGGCCCAGGAGAAGCGAGGAGAGCACCUGAGCUGGCUCUGCAUGUUCUGGAUGAUCGGAGGAAUCUACGCCUCCGCCAUGGCCUGGGCCAUCAUCCCCCACUACGGCUGGAGCUUCCAGAUGGGCUCGGCCUACCAGUUCCACAGCUGGCGUGUCUUUGUGCUGGUGUGUGCCUUCCCCUCUGUGACGGCCAUCUGCGCCCUCACCACCAUGCCGGAGAGCCCUCGCUUCUUCCUGGAGAACGGGAAACACGACGAGGCGUGGAUGAUCCUGAAGCAGGUGCACGACACCAACAUGAGGGCCAAAGGCUACCCGGAGAGGGUCUUCUCUGUGACCACCAUCAAAACUGUGAAGACGAUGGAUGAGCUGGUGGACCUGGGCGACAGCACCGCCUGGCACCAGAAGUGGAGGCUGAAGCUCACCGCACUUUUCCAUCAGGUGUGGAGUAAUUUCCUGACUAUUUUCUCCCCGGAGUAUCGCCGCACCACCUUCAUGAUGAUGGCCGUGUGGUUCUCCAUGUCCUUCAGCUACUACGGUCUGACAGUGUGGUUCCCCGACAUGAUCAAGUACCUGCAGAAGCAGGAGUACUCGUCCCGCACCAAGGUUUUCGCCAAGGAGAAAGUGGAACAUGUGACCUUUAACUUCACCCUGGAGAACCAGGUCCACCGCCAGGGAGAGUACUUCAAUGACAAGUUCAUGAACCUGAAAAUGAGGUCCAUGGUGUUUGAGGACUCGCUGUUUGAGGAGUGUUACUUUGAGGACAUCACCUCCAGCAACACCUUCUUCAAGAACUGCACCUUCAUUGCCACCCUCUUCUACAACACAGAUCUCUUCAAGUACCGGUUGGUCAACUGCAAACUCCUCAACAGCACGUUCCUGCACAACAAGGAGGGCUGCCUGCUCAGCGACGUCAGCGACGACAACAAUGCCUACAUGGUCUACUUCGUCAGCUUCCUGGGCACCUUGGCCGUGUUGCCAGGCAACAUUGUCUCCGCGCUGCUCAUGGACAAGAUUGGACGACUGAGGAUGUUAGCGGGCUCCAGCGUGAUCUCUUGCAUCAGCUGUUUCUUCCUGUCCUUUGGCAACAGCGAGUCGGCCAUGAUUGCUCUGCUCUGCCUGUUUGGAGGAAUCAGCAUCGCCUCGUGGAACGCCCUGGACGUGCUGACGGUCGAGCUCUAUCCUUCUGACAAGAGGUGCACAGCGUUCGGCUUCCUCAACGCUCUCUGUAAAUUAGCCGCCGUGCUCGGCAUCAGCAUCUUCACGUCGUUCGUGGGCAUCACCAAGGCCGUGCCCAUCAUGUUCGCCUCGGGGGCGCUGGCGGCCGGCAGCUUCCUGGCCCUCAAGCUACCGGAGACCCGGGGCCAGGUGCUGCAAUAG